AUGAAAGAUCCAAAGAACCCUACUGAGAGGGUUUCACUACGCGAGAUAGGAGAGUUCUCUGGAGUCAUGGACCAGGCAGUGGCCUACUUGUCCAAAAGCAGUCAAUAUCCGCCGAUGUCACCAGAAGUGGAGAACAAACUUGUUCGCAAACUUGACUGGAUAUUGGUUCCAAUGCUGUUGCUCACUGCAACUUUGGGUGCGGUGGAUAAGGUGGCAAUCAGUACGGCAGCUAUAUACGGGCUGAAAGACGUUGGCCAACAAUACUCCUGGGCGGGAUCUAUCUUAUCCAUUGGUGCAAUCGUCGGCAUGUGGCCCUCAUCCUACCUGGUCCAGAGGCUCCCGUCAGCAAAAUAUUUAUCCUUCUGUGCCUUCGGAUGGUCAGUUAUGGCUAUGUUGAUUGCACUAUGUCGAAAAUGGAGUGGGUUGAUGACAUUGCGGUUCUUUAUGGGGUGCUUUGAAGCGAUAAUAGUUCCCUCUGUCAGCCUAAUCGUGGCAGGUUUCUAUAAAAAACAUGAACAGCCUCCAAGAAAUGCGAUUGUUUUCGCUGCGAUUAGUUCGGUUAUCAAUGGUUUCCUCUCCUGGGCUGUUGGACAUAUCCCGAAUUCCGCACCCUUAGCAACCUGGCAGUAUCUGUACCUCAUCAUCGGAACCAUUUCCAUUACCUGGUCUAUUUUUGCUUUCAUUUUCCUCCCGGACACUCCUAUGACAGCGUGCUUUUUGUCUGAGCAGGAGAAGUAUUAUGCUGUGCAGCGAGUAGCUGAGAACAAGACCGGGAUUGUCAACAAGCAAUGGAAAUGGAAUCAGGCCCUUGAGGCAGUUAUCGACCCUAAGACCUGGAUAUUGUUUUUCUUCAACAUUGCUAUCAGUAUCCCUAAUGGAGGCCUUACGACAUUCAGUGGAAUUAUUAUCAACAACCUCGGGUUCACGCCAGUCAAGACAUCACUGCUCAAUAUGCCGACUGGGAUUAUGUCUACUCUCUCUGCAUUCUUUUUCUCCUGGUUGGCGGCACGAUGGACUAAUCGCAGAAGCCUUGUUGCCAUAAUCGCAGCUUGCUUGCCAAUUAUAGGGUCAGUAUUGGUAUACAGCCUUCCACGCACAAAUAUUGGAGGACAGAUGGUUGGAAUAUAUCUACUAUAUACCUACUUCGGGCCAUACGUAGUUGGCAUCUCCAUAGCCCAAGCCAAUACAGCCGGUCACACAAAGAAAAACUUCCAAUAUUCGAUCUUGUAUAUCGGAUAUGCUAUCGGUAACUUAAUUGGACCACAAACAUUUCGAAAUGAACAGGCUCCAGCAUAUACGGGCGGUUUUAUUGCAAUGUUAGCUUGUUAUUGUGUCUGUAUUGGUCUGAUGGGAAUGUAUUGGAUCUUGGUCAUACGGCUGAAUCGACGGCAGGAGGGCGUCGAUCCGGAGUCCAGUGCUUCUGGUGAUGAAAACCUGAAAGAUGCGUUUACUGAUCAGACAGACUUCGAGCGGAGAACAUUCAAGUAUGUUACUUGA